AUGGAUUUCUUCACCAGUCGCCCCAGCCGGACCCGUGUUCGCUCGCUGGACGUGCAACAUGUUGUCCCAGCUCCGACGUUGGCAUUGGUCCACAUCUCCCAAGUAUGCAACCUCAGUCUCAAGUCUCAGGCCGACUCGCCGGACAGCACGUCCGGCUCUGCGUCUUCUCCGGAUGGGUGUUCGAAUUUCGAGAUGCACCCUCUUGCGAUCUUCGCCCUACCGGCAUCUACCACACCACCUACAUCUCUAUCUCGCCCUCUUCCUACCCUCAAGGCCUCUCUCUCUGUGCGAGGCGAAGCCCACGAAAUUCUUGCCGACACUACCAGCCCUUCGGCCAUUGGGCUCGGGAUUGAUGCUGGGCUUGAGAACAGAAUGAAGAGAAGAAACACCUGGACCAACGCGAACUUGCACAUCGGGGAUGAUUGA